AUGGACGUCCACGACGUGUCGACUGAUCAACAGUUCUUUCCACAUCUCCAAAGACAGAAACAAACUUUAGAGAAUGCUAAAAAGCGCGAUGGAGAAAUACCAACAGAUCGGAAAUCAACCCAGCAUCUUAUCACUGCUACUAUGUUAAGUCAUCUAGCUUCUAGCAUGUCCACGAUGGAUAUGAGGCACUCACUACAUAGUUCCUUCGUUCCUCCUCCUUAUUUGCCCUCGACUACGUUUCUGGCUCAGCUUCAACCUAUUUACAUUCGAGAGUUACAACUAGGUGUUCACCAUCGUGGAAGAUAUCUUCUCGUCAGAGUCUUGACCAUCCCAACUCGUAUGACAGCAAUCAUGGUUAUAGUCGAGGAUGAGAAAGGAGAUGGAUCAACCUUGCAGUUGUACCAGCAGCCAAAUGAGAACAUUCGCCCAACAGCCAGUGUGGUCACGAGAGGAGAUGUGUUUCUUCUAAAAGAUCCUUUUUUCAAAAUUAUGUCUGAUGGCAAUUAUGGUCUUCGUGUCGACCACGUGAGCGACCUUAUCCGCAUUACGCGUCAUGGCACAUAUCGAGAACUUAUGCCUAAGUUCUGGAAAGGACCAAAAUCUUACAAAAGUGCAGAUGAUUGGAAGCUGCAAGGCAAUGAUGAGGUUGGGAGGGAAGAGUACUGGUCGGCUAUAGAAAGCUACAGCACAGCUUUGGAACUGAGCACCGAUGAUGAGGAGAAACAGAUCAUUCGACUGAAUCGUGCGCUUGCACAUUUAAGAAAUGGUGAUUUCGACGCAGCACUGAAGGAUACAAAAGGACUAGAUCUUCUAGCACGAACCAAGGAAAAAGCCCUGUACCGGAUGGGACAAGCCUAUUAUCAACUUGAAGAUUACUCUUCUUCGAAAGCUGCUAUGCAGGCUCUUUGUGACCAAUUUCCAGGUCACCAGGGUGGAACUCCCGAAUUGGCACGAAGCACGCUAAGAAUCGCCGAGGAGACAACAGCUAAGAUUGAUUUCAAGCGUAUCUACAAGAAAAUAUCGAAACUUCGGCCACCCCAUCUAGAUCAUGCAACUUUCACAGGGCCAAUUGUCGUCAAAGAGUCUCCGGGUCGUGGCCAAGGACUAUUUACUAUCAGAGAAGUCAAAGCCGGCGAGUUGCUUCUGUUUGAGAAAGCUUUCGCACAUUGCUAUGCUGCUCCCCCAGAGGAAAAUGACAAUGGUGCCUCUAAGACGAGCAUUCUUAUCAAUAUUCACACUAACCAAAUGACCAUGGGCACGCAAAGCGACCUUAUCACAACCAUCGUCCAAAAGCUCUACAAGAACCCAUCGCUUGUCCCGAAGUUUCAGGAGCUCUAUCAUGGUUCUUACCAGCCCGCAGAUGCCACUGUUUGUGAUGACAAGCCUGUUGUUGACACAUUCUUGAUUGAGCGCAUCGUCAGCCAUAAUGUCUUCGGCUGUCCUACCCUUUCGACAUACAAUUCCUUGAAGCCGCUACUUGAGACUGGAAAGGCUGAGCAGGACAUAGUGAACCAUUCGACCGGCAUCUGGCUCAAGGCAUCCAAAAUCAAUCACUCCUGCAUGAGCAACUGCCAUCGCAGUUUCAUCGGGGACUUUCAAAUCGUCCGCGCGACUUGCAACAUCCCGGCCGAUACGGAAAUUCAUUUCUGCUACCGAACUCCCACGGGUGAUUUCACCGAGAUGAAAAAGGAGCUGCGCACUUGGGGCUUUGAAUGUAAAUGCGGCAUCUGUGAAGAGUCCCGGACUGCACCCAAAAGUCUUCUCAAGAAGCGGAAAGAUUCGUCAAUGAACCUCAAACGUAUCGUCGCCAACGUCAAAGCCAUCGAUCUUCAACGUCUCGAGCGACAACUUAAAGUCUACGAGUCGACGUUCACGAAAUCUGCCACAGCAGCUCCAAGAAUCCACAUCUUCAACAUCUACAUCCAGCUGGCGCGAUUCUGGGGUCAAGCUCAAAUGCCAAAGGAGUCCGUCGCAAUGGCUCUGAAAGGGUUGGAGUGUCUUGGUUUUGUUAUUCAUGGUGCACAACUGCCAGCUACCGCUGGGAAGCCUUUUCACAUCGAGAAAUGGGGCCACUUCCAGGAUAAUGUUGACCAGGCUUUCGUCUUUCUUCGUGACGCAUAUGCGGUUUUUGCGCCGCAGCUUGUGGAGAAGGCGGAUGAGUGCGCGAAGCUGGCGUAUAGUAUGUCGGUUGGGGAGGAUGUUACUUUUGAUACGGUUUAUAAGAGGGGACAGAAAGUUUGA